AUGACGAUCUUCAGCUCUUAUGGAAUGAGGACGAAAGUCCAGGAAAAGAAAGCAAAAAUGACAACCGAUGAGCAGCAGCAGCAGCAGCAGCAGAGCCAAAUUCCAAACAUCGCCGGCACGAUCCUGAUCGGUGGUAUCGGUGGCAUCACCGGGCUCGAUGGUGGCCAGCAGAAGCAAUCGCAUCCGCAACACGGCCAACAACACAAUCAACACCAGCAGCAGCUGCAGCAGCAGCACCAGCGGCAACACCAUCCGCUCAGCUACACCCAUAUACUACCUCAUUUGCAUCAGUUCAGCACGAUGAGCGGCUCGAACCCGGCCAGCCUGUCGAGUGGAACGGGUGGUGGUGGCGUCUCGAAGCUGCCCUCGAAAAGCUCACCCCUCGGGCCAUCCCCCUUCCGGCAGCUGCUUCCGGUGACGCUCUGCAUCAUAUCGUUCGCGACCGUGCUUAGCAUACUGAUUAUCUACAUGGACACGACGGAGAUUCGCCACCAACAGUUCCGGUUGAACAUGUCGCGCGAUUACGACCUCAUGGGAGUCCCACAGGACAAUCCGGCCCUCGUCAAAUACGUGCGAGACAUCCACAUGAAGAAGUACCCCAUGACGUUCAUGCGGAACGCGAACGCACCCGUCGAACAGCUGAACUUCACCAACCGGCACGAGCUGACACCGGAGAUGGCGCAUCUGAUAUCGGACCUGCUCGGCCGGAAGCGCUUCGGGACGUUCUUUCAAUCGCUGACAGGCAACAGUGACUCGAUGAUGACGGCCCCGUGGCUGGCGGAAACGAUGAACUGGGGCGGUUACCUGGUGGAACCGGACCCGCGCAAAUACUUUUCGCUGCGCAAACAGAACGCCUUCCGCUCGAACGUGCAGGUCAUCCAUGCGUGUCUAUCGCCCAACACCUAUCCGAAGGAGGUAACGCUGCAUCAUGACGACGACAGUGAGGUUCAGAUCAACAGCGUGCUGGAUGAGGAGACGGAAUGGUUCCACCCGCGGGUUAAGUGCUUCCCGGUAUACACGCUCAUGCUGGCGGUCAAUCGAACAUCGAUCGAUUUGCUCAGUCUUGGCUGUCACGGACAGGAAUUGCAGAUCCUCCAAACCAUCCCAUUCGACCGUGUCCACAUCAAAGUCAUCUCGAUCCAUCUCGUACACUACUUCGAGGAAGAUGAGAUGAUGAUCGAUGUGGAUGAGUACGUCCAAAGCAUCGGGCGAUUCCUCAUGAGCAAGUCGUACAAACUCGUCCGCAGCAUGGAUCGCAACUUCAUUUACCAGCACCUGUCCGUCCUGUCGGCAGCUAAACAACGUCAGCGAUUGCAGCAACAGCAGCAGCCGCUCUCUUCCGUAGUUGACCACAUUGUGCAACCGCUGCCGCAGCCCAUCCCGGCCCGUAGCAAUUCCAUCAGUUCCGGUGAGAAGGUUGAUGCCACGAUGGCCAUCCGUAAGGGACAGGAAAUGAGCAUUGGUGGUAAUGGAAAGAUGCUGAUUUCAUCUGCAUUGCCGUUGUCUCCGUCAACCAGCACGGUAUCAACGACGACAGUGCAGACAUCGACCACGACUACGACGCAAUCAACGGCGGCGACUAGCACAGUCGGUAAAGAUCCUGUUUUGAACUCAGAACGGUUCAACAAGUUGAUGCUGCUUCGGGGCGAGGAUACUGAACCCUUCGAUGGGGGUGAUUCCGACUUGGGAAAUAGGUCUGAAUUCAGCAUGCCCGAUUCGAUGUCCGACAGCGAGGAUGAGGAGGACGAUCAACGGCGUUCGAAGGAGGACCAACAGCAAGAACAGAACGACGACCAAGAGCAGACGGUAAUGGCGCUGCCAUUUGAAGAUGAAGAUGGAUCGGCGGUACGUACGGCUGGCUCGCCGCCACCAAUGGUUACCUCUUUGUAGUAAGGCAGGCGAAGCAUCUCAAGAGCCAGUACGCUUGGAUCGCAUUUUAUGAACCUAAAGCUACCAGUCCAUCAUUCCACGUCUUAUACUUACUUUUUAGCAAUACUGAAUAGUU